UUAGACAGUGGUCGCUUUCUCUCUCAGUGCAGCAAGUUGGCAUAAAGUUGCUGUUUAAUUUCUGAUUUUUGGGUUUAAUUCCUGACAAGUGCAGGUUUUAAAUAGCUAUCCAAACCUUAUGUCUCAAAGUUGUCCUAUGUGGUUAGAACUCUGGAAUAUUACUGGCUAAACUGGCUGGCAAAAAAAACAUCAAACUAUGGCUUCAAGUGCGCAUGGUCACAUGAUAUGCAAAUCAGGCCUCUUAUGCAGCAGAGUCCAAUGAGAGGCUGAGGGAAGACCCCUGAAGUAAUCUGUCUGUAGACUCCUGUUUGAGCAAGUUAUCAGAGCUUAACCAGCGCCCAGCUCUCAGAGUCAGUGAAGGAUGGAGUCUGAACUGAUCUGUGUGAUUCUGAUCUCUGUCUGCGGUGUUUGUCUGGAGCAGCAUGUCUCCACCCUACCAACCUCCACUGUUCAUGUGAGAGCAGGGGAGGAUAUCACCCUGCACUGCCCCCUGCUGGACGUCUCCAAUGCCACCAACAGCACCUCCACUGCCGCCCCACCCGGCUCCACCUCACCUGGCAACGCCUCCUCCACAAUUAGCUGGUACAGGCAGGCAGCAGGACAGGGUCCCGUGAUGCUGCUGAGUGUUAGGUCAAACGACUCUGUCCUGAAGUAUGGAGCCGGGAUCAGUCCGGAUAAAGUCUCCACUGGGUCGGACGGCUCUCUUAGGCUUCACAGCUCCCAGCACAGCGACACAGCAUUUUAUUACUGCGGGAUCAGUCUGGGCGGGGACAAGGAGGUGGGACGCAAAGAGACAUGA